AUGAAGCAGAGACUUAUAUUCUCAAUCCUCUGUUUUGGCCUUAUAAGCUUCCGUGCUGCUUCAGAGAUAGCACAAACAUGCACGAGUGACCAGGGGACUUUCAGACCCAACGGUACUUACGAUGCAAAUCGCCGUCUCAUCCUCGCUUCUCUUCCUUCCAAUGUCACGGCACAAAACGGCUUCCUCUACAACACCUCCAUCGGACAAGAACCAAACCGUGUCUACGGAGUAGGGAUGUGCAUGCCAGGAUCAGUUCAAGAGGACUGUUCUCGUUGUCUCAAGUAUGCGUCAGACUGGUUGAUAGGGAGCUGUCCUAAUCAGAUAGCUGCGUAUAUUUGGUAUAUUUGGUCAUCUGAUCCAAAGCUCUGUUAUGUGCGCUACUCCAACAGCUCUUUCUCAGGAUCUGCCGAUCUUGAACCAAAGUAUGUAGUCUACUUCACUGCGGAUAUCACCUCAAAUUUAACAGAGUUCAAGAUGAUAUGGGAAGGAUUAACACUAAGUAUGAUUUCUGCAACCUCAGCUUCAAAGAACACACCAUCAUCUAGUAAUAACCAUUACAAAGCUGAUGUUGCAACCUUCACCAAAUUCCAGAAUAUAUACGCUGUGAUGCAAUGCACACCAGAUUCUUCUAAUGUUGAUUGUGACAACUGUCUACGAGAAAGCGUGUCUGACUACCAGUCAUGCUGUGGCCACAAGAUAGGAGGCUAUACUAUGCGGCCAAUUUGCUUCUUCCGGUGGCAAUUUUAUCCAUUCUGUAACGUUUUUGAUAACAUUACAAUAUUGGCUUCUCCUCCUCCUCCUACGCUGGAACAUCCUUCUUUAGCUGUCGACCAAUCUAACGCGACAAAAAAUGGUAAGUGCUUUCAAAGCUGUGAGAAAUGGAAAAAUCUCAAAAAAAAAGCUAUUGUGGAAAUUGUUGUUCCCAUUGUAGUAAUCUUCAUCAUCAUCAUCAUUGUUUUGGUACUGCUUGCAAGGCGAUCUGCUAUACUUUGCUGGAGGAGAAAAACAUAUCAAGAAAUUGGUCUUGACCAGUCUGGUAUGACCAAUGUUCGCUCCAUCCAAUUCGAUUUGAAGACAAUUGAAGUUGCAACAGGAAAAUUUGCGAGGAUUAACAAGCUCGGUGAAGGUGGAUUUGGCGAAGUUUUCAAGGGUACUUUGUCUAAUGGAAUAGAAGUUGCAGUGAAAAGGCUAUCGGAAACAUCAGCACAAGGCGCACAAGAGUUCAAAAAUGAGGUUGUUGUUGCAAAACUUCAGCAUAGGAACCUUGUCAGGCUUCUCGGAUUUUGUCUAGAAGGAGAAGAAAAGAUACUUGUUUAUGAGUUUGUCCCCAACAAGAGCCUCGAUUACUUCCUCUUUGGUAUGUGAACUUAGCAAAUUUUAUGUGUUCGUGAUAUUUUUUAUAAGCUUCUCUAAUUGACUGUUCUCGCUCCGA